GGCUUCUUCUUCCGGUCCAGGAGCUGCUGAAACCGAAAGUGCUGUGUUUUGGGCGCUCCGCUGGGAUUGAUUCACCUUCACCUGCGCCAGCCCAAGUUGACCAGGUGGGAAACCAGACAGACAGUAAAACAUGAACGGAAGAGUGGAUUAUUUGGUUACUGAGGAAGAGAUCAAUCUUACCAGAGGACCCUCAGGGCUGGGCUUCAACAUCGUCGGUGGGACAGAUCAGCAGUAUGUCUCCAACGACAGUGGCAUCUACGUCAGCCGCAUCAAAGAGAAUGGGGCUGCGGCCCUGGAUGGGCGGCUCCAGGAGGGUGAUAAGAUCCUCUCGGUAAAUGGCCAAGACCUGAAGAACCUGCUGCACCAGGACGCUGUAGAUCUCUUCCGGAAUGCAGGCUAUGCCGUGUCCCUGAGGGUGCAGCACAGGUUACAGGUGCAGAAUGGGCCAAUAGGACAUCGAGGUGAAGGGGAUCCGAGCAGUAUUCCCAUAGCUAUGGUGGUGGUGCCACUCUUUGCCCUCACCAUGGUAGCAGCCUGGGCCUUCAUGAGAUACCGGCAACAACUUUGAAAGCCUUGCUUUCUUCCAGUGCUCCCGAUGAAGAGAACAUUUCUUCCUUUCUCUCAUCCUCCUCCCCUCCACCGUUCUCCCAUAUACUUUCCCUCUCUCUGCAUAGCUCACAGGUGACUUAAAGAGGCUGCUUCACAACCAGAACCUUGCUGUUCAAAAUCUGCAAGUCCUCGUAUUCUAAUGGCAGAGUAAAGGCAUUGUUUGAAGAAAAGCUGAAGAAAAGACUUCCUUAGAACAAAUGAAGAGUUCUUUAUUUUACUGGGACCACCAAUAGAAGUUCAGCUACAACCCAAAGAGGGAAAGGUCUAGUCUUCCCAUCACUAAUAGGUAUCAUCGCGGGUGAUAGCCUGUGUUCUUAGCUGGCACACCUCAAAGACCAGCUAUAUCAUAGAAGAGGAAGAGGGCAUUUUUUUCUUUUUAAUGAUCUUCCUUGGGAAGUUUUUGUGGCCUUUGUUUACUUUCUAACUACAUACUGGGUGCCUAUAUCAAACAAAAUAUAAUGAAGAGAGCAUUUUUACUUUUUUAAAAAACAAAUUAUAUAUAUAUAUAGAUAUAUAUAUAUAUAUACAUACACACGUGUACACAUAUGCAUAAAAUUAUAGUUGUAAUAGUGAUGCCUUAUGGAGAGUUAAAGAGGUAAAAAGCUACUACUCUUGUUUCUAGGUUUCUGGUAUAAGAAUGACCUUAACUGAGGGAGUGAGAGAGAGCGUUACUGGAGGUCCAGCCUGAGUCAGAGAGAGAGAGACAGAGACACUGAAGCACUAAUUUAAAAUCUUAGAAUUCUUACUUCCUCUCGUAAUAGUUAAGGUGAAGUGGAGGUAAAAUGUCAUAAUCCAGCUUUGUGCAAGUCAAUCUGUUCAAAAAACUUUGAGGUUUAAAGCUAAAUAUUACCAAUCUCUGGUCUACCUUAGUGACUUUUUUGAUACCUCACAGUCCUAUUAAAGGAUCAGCUGGAUGAUUUUGGUUAGAGCUGGAGUAAUGUGGCCAAACCAAGCCAGUGGAAAAAUUCUAUAAUGAAAAAAGAUAGUGUUUCCAAGGUGGUGCCUGAACUCCCUCAGGCCAUCAACCAGUCUUUUGGUUUCUAGUAACAGGCAAAAUCUGAGAGAAGGGACUGCUCCCUGGCAGGAUGGGCAUGAAAUCAGCUUUGCUUCUGAUUCAGUUAAGUUGAGAGGGUUUGGGUUUAAUUUUUUUAAAAAAAGGUUCCAAACACUAGUUUAUAGCUUCUAAUGAAUGAACUGUUUUACAGGCAAGGGGAAGAAAGAGUUCUGUUUGUUUUAGGGAGCUGGGAAGUUUCAUAGGGAAACAUUGAGAGAAGGAUACAGAUGAACGGAAAUACUAAGAUUAAUAAUGAGGUGGGAGCUGUCCUGUUUUGGGGGUAUUGAAGGUUGGUUUUAAAGCACUAAGGAAAGCUGAACCAAGGCUAAUUUUCUGGCUUGAAGAAAAUCAUUUCCAUCUUCCAGAUAUACCGGCUACACUAAAGGCCUUAUAAUCUUGACAGGAGUAUGAGGACCUUUCCCCUUAGGCAAUCAGUUGUGUCUGAUUUUUAGCACUAACGAUCUAGUGAGUGUUUUACAAGUGUUGAUUGAAUAUCAGCUUUGUUAAGACACUUUUACAAAGAAGUAAA